UUGAACUCUAUUUUUUAAGAGGAGCAAAUACUCUCUUAACUAAAGAUGGUGUCCAUUAGCAUUGAGAACCCCUUGGCUUUUGGAGUUGGCCUUCUUGGGAACAUUCUAUCAUUCUUGGUCACCUUAACACCAAUGGCCACAUUCUAUAAUGUGUACAAGAAGAAGUCCACUGGUUCAUAUCAAUCAGCCCCAUAUGCGGUGGCUUUGUCCAGUGCGAUGCUGUGGCUCUACUAUGCCUUACUUUCCCACAACGUGCUUCUGCUCACCAUCAACACAAGCACCUGUGUGCUAGAAUCUGCUUACUUAGCCAUCUACCUUUUCUAUGCUUCCAAAAAACUCAGGGUUUCUACAGCAAAGAUGAUAUUCUUCUUCAAUGUUUGCCUGUUUGGUUCUGUACUUCUGAGCACGCUCACCUUUCUAGAUGGGAGAAAACGUAUUCAAAUCACUGGAUGGAUUUGUGCUUCCUUUGCAGUCUCGGUCUUCGUUGCUCCUCUAAGCAUCAUGAGGUUAGUAAUAAGAACCAAAAGCGUGGAAUAUAUGCCAUUUUCACUCUCCCUCUUCCUAACUCUAAGUGCAGUUGCCUGGUUCUUUUAUGGGCUUCUCCUAAAAGAUUUCUAUAUAGCGUUACCAAAUGUUCUUGGAUUUUUUUUCGGUGUAGCUCAAAUAAUUCUAUAUCUCUUCUACAUGAAUGUGAAGAGUGACAAAUUAGAAAAGAAUAUAAAACCAGACACUGAAGCAGAGAAUGAUACAGAUUCAAAUUUGAAUUUGGAAAUGGCAGAAAAGCAGACCCCUGCGAUGACAGCAGAAGCUAAAGCUGAAGUUUAGAGUUAUUUACAAUAGCAUAUGGAUUUGUUAUUGUGAGCAAGAGGCAAUACUUCAAGUUCUGGGUGUUUAUUUCACAAAAUAUUUCAAAUUUUAUGGCAUUCUUUUGAUAAUUGAAUGGCUUAACUUACAUGAUAAUAAUGCACUGCUUGCCUGUUUUGUUG